UUCUUGUCGGAGUCUGAAAAGGUAAGAACCGACACGGGAGACGAGAGUCGCGGUGAACCGGAAUCUCACGGUGAACGUGUGACGUCAUUCAGUCUCGAAAUACGGAGAGGAGGAAACCAACUUCUAAUGCUGUAAAGAUUAAUUGUGUCUUCCGUGACGCAACGUAAAUAUGUGACGUCACUCCUCAAUCGGGUUUAUUUGGAAACAUCGAGCUGUGAACGCGCGUUGUGUUGAGCAUUUUAUUAUAUUCAUUUUAAUAAAGCGAUACGUCGCUUUAUAAAAGCUUUAUUGAGCUGUCAACGUUGAAAUGAAGACCUCUUUUCAACCGGCCGAUAAGUGGAUAAAACAUAGAAAGAGAGACAAUAUUAAAAUGUUCAUAAUAAUUAAUGAACUGGUCGGCGAAAUGUGGUCUACGGAAAGACGUGAUUACAACGUAUUUAUUAUCUCUCUUAAAGCGUAAUAAAUAUGGGACUACGGACUGUGGCUGCUAACAAGAUGCUAUCAGGACAGUUUCAAAGUUACUUGUAAACACGUGACUCCGCCCACAUCUGUAACGCGCAUGCGCGAGUUCGGGUAGCUCGCUAGCGUUCAGCAUGCUGACCUGGAGCAAAAGUAAACGUCCCACAAUAGUUCCGUGUGUUUGGUGUCGCUCUAGCAACAUAUUAUUAUUCCUUUUCCCAUUUCACAUCGAAAAUAAAGCAUUUAAAGCAACGGGGGCAAAAUACAGACAAGUUGUGGUCUGUAAACAAGAGGGCUUAAAGCCAUAUUACUACUAGUACUACAAUAUUACUUACUUUUUACAUGUUUACAGACUGGAAAUCUGAACAAAAUAAAUGAUUUGAAUUGAACAAACAGGUUGACCACAGGAAUCUGCAAUGGAGGGGUGCUGCACAUCUGGACCUUUACACAAAGAAUCUAAGCUGAGAUGACUCGCCGCGUGGCCGUGGUCGGGGGCGGGAGCUCAGGUCUGGCCUGCAUCAAGUGCUGUCUGGAUGAGGGGCUGCAGCCCGUCUGCUUCGAGAGCAGCGACGACAUCGGGGGUCUGUGGAGGUUCAAAGAGAAUCCGGAGGCCGACAGAGCCAGCAUCUACCACUCCGUCAUCAUCAACACCUCCAAGGAGAUGAUGUGUUUCAGUGACUUCCCCAUCCCGGCACACUACCCCAACUACAUGCACAACUCCCUCAUCAUGGACUACUUCCGGAGCUACGCGGACCACUUCCAGCUGUCUGAGCACAUCCGCUUCAAUACCACGGUCCUUGCGGUGAAGCAGCGAUCGGACUUCUCUCGCUCGGGCCAGUGGGACGUCGAAACGCAGAACAGGGACGGCCAGCUGGAGAAACACAUUUUCGACGCGGUGAUGAUCUGCAUCGGACAUCACUGCCACCCCCACCUGCCGCUGCAGGACUUCCCAGGAAUCGACUCCUUCACAGGAAAGUUCUUCCACAGCCGGGACUACAAGACGCCCGAGCAGUGGAGGAACAAAAGGGUGGUGGUGGUCGGAAUAGGAAACUCUGGAGGGGACAUCGCGGUGGAGUUGAGUCGAGUCACCAAGCAGCUGUACCUGAGCACCCGCAGAGGAGCCUGGAUCCUCAACCGAGUAGGAGACUCGGGGCUUCCUCUGGAUAUGCAGCUUCCCCGGCUCUUCACCUACGUGCAGAACCUGGUUCCCAGUAGCCUGAUCAGCAGUCUGGUGGAGAAACAGGUCAACCAACGGUUCGAUCACGCGCUGUACAACCUGAAGCCCAAACACAGGUUGUUCAGCCAACACCCCACGGUGAACGACGAGCUCCCCAACCGCAUCCUGUCGGGAACCGUCCAGGUGAAGCCCGACGUCCGCAGGUUCCUGGGCUCCAGGGUGGAGUUUGACGACGGCAGCGUGGCGGAGGAUGUGGACCUGGUGGUGUUUGCCACAGGUUACAGGUUCUCCUUCCCCUUCCUGGCCUCGCACGUGGUCUCUGUGUCGGAGAACAAAGCCGCUCUGUACAAGUACGUGUUCCCUCCUGAGUUAGAGCGCCCCACGCUGGCUGUCGUCGGCCUGGUGCAGCCGCUGGGCGCCGUCAUGCCCAUCGCCGAGAUGCAGGCCCGGUGGGCCACGCGCGUCUUUAAAGGCUGCAUCAAGCUGCCCUCGCUGGCUUCCAUGCUGCAGGAUGUCCGGUGCAAGCAGGAGGCGAUGGCUCGGAGGUACGUUACCAGUCAGAGACACACCAUCCAGGUGGACUACGUCCCCUACAUGGACGAGCUAGCAGAGCUGGUGGGGGCUCGACCCAGCCCCCUGAGGCUGCUGCUGACCGACCCCCGGCUGGGACUCAACUUGAUGCUCGGCCCCUGCACGCCGUACCAGUACCGCCUCAGGGGGCCGGGGAAGUGGCCCGGAGCCCGUCAGGCCAUCCUCACUCAGUGGGAGAGGGUGGCCCGACCCAUGCAGACCAGACCCUGUGAGGACCCCAAGCCCGGGAGGUCCUUGAUGGGGCCCCUGGUUCUGGCCGCUGUGUGCGUGGCCGCCUACGUCAACAGGAACAAGCUGGCUGCUUUCCUGCAGGAUCCCACUGCCCUGUCUGACCACGUCAAAGCCGCGGGCUUCUUUUAAUCGACGGUGGCGCAUGGCGGAGAGGGUGAGACAUGGCUGCUCCAGGUCCCAGGUCCCAUGUCCCAGGUCCCAGAUCCCAGGUCCCAUGUCCCAGGUCCCAGAUCCCAGAUCCCAGAUCCCAGGUCCCAGGUCCCAGGUCCCAGGUCCCAUGUCCUGUGUCCCACGUCUCAAGCAUUCCUAAACAUGCAGCUGAGUCACCUUUGCGACUGCAUUUUCCAUUUCAUCCUCAUCAUUUUUGUCAUAAUCAAAGUAUAUUAUCGAUAAGUCUCCUCAUUGAUUCCACGUGCACAGAUGUUGUGCACGUGUCCGAUCUAUUAUCACUGUGUUAAAUUCUGUUUGAAUAAAUAAGACAUAUUCUUGUCCAUAUUUCUA